ACCUAAAUGAACGAGCAAUUUUGAUUUCACAAAAAGAAAAGGCACAACAAGAGUUAGUAAAAGAAGCUGCUGUUAAGGUAAAUUUGUGUGGUUGCAACAUGAAUGUCAGUUUCUCCUCUUGUGAAAAGCUUCCACCAAACUUUUCUUUCAUCCUUUUAACUUUUUCCCACUCUGUUGAAGGCAGCAUGACGUCGUUUACAGUUGCCAAUCCUGAAACGGUUUCCCCUCUCCUUCGACCAAUAGGAGGCGACGAGGAGUGCCUGUCAGUCACAGGUGAGGGUGGAUGGUUAAAAAAAAAUUUGGUGAAAAGGGCCGGAGACUGGAGCGAGCCCGGGCUGAUGGCAGAGCUAUGCGGAGGAGCAGCAUCGUGCCUGUGGAUGUAGGAGAAACUUUUCCACGGCUUCUCCCGCGGGGAUGCGACCAGAAACCAACUUCUGGAGGGAAAGUUAAGCGACAGCAGCGCUCCACGGAGGGAGUAGCCUAAAAUGUGGAUGAACUGACAUUUGCUCCACUACUCGGACCGGUUAAUUACGCAGCUUGAAGACGGAGCAAACUUCGCUUUUCUGAAAAUGGCCGUUCGUGGCAACUCGCUGAUGCCUUUCUCAAUCCAAGCCAUCCUGAACAAAAAGGACGACAGCCGACACUUGCCAGAUUUGGACAUGUGCUUCUCCAAGACGGCGUGCUGGAAAAUAUUUGGGGAGAUGAACGGCGGGUCUGGGAGAGAUGAUGGGGAGUCUUGUGAGCCGACGGACCAGAAAAGCUACGACUCGGACUCGGGUCUGAGCGAUGACAACGACAGCAAGACUCCGGCCGUGUGCAAGUCGGAGAAGGACGGAGACCCUGCGUCGGAUGUGCCGGAGGAAAGUCUGCAGGAAGAAACGGAUCACGAGUCUGCAGCUGUGGAAAACGCAAAGAGUGACAGUGAGCCGAAUAAUGCUACAGACUCCAGCACCCUGGACGAUAAGAGCCUGGACCAACCCAAACAGAGGAAAAAGCGCUCCAGGGCGGCCUUCUCCCAUGCGCAGGUCUUCGAGUUGGAGCGCCGCUUCAACCACCAGCGGUACCUGUCUGGGCCGGAGCGGGCGGACCUGGCGGCUUCCCUGAAGCUCACAGAGACUCAGGUCAAGAUCUGGUUCCAGAACCGCAGGUACAAGACGAAACGCCGCCAGAUGGCCGCCGAUCUGAUGGCGUCGACCCCGGCGGCCAAGAAGGUGGCGGUGAAAGUUUUGGUGCGGGACGACCAGAGACAGUACAGCCCGGGAGAGAUCCUGCGGCCCCCGCUCCUCUCCCUGCAGCCGUCCUACUAUUAUCCCUACGCCUACUGCCUCCCUGCAUGGACACUCUCUGCAUGUGCGGGGAAUCAGUGAGAACUCGGUGACUGUAUUUAUUCAUUUUUUUGUUUUGUCAUUUCGCUCCCAGGAAAUCAAAGUAACUUUUUUUUGACAAGAGGAGGAGACAAGAAGGGACUCAUCAUCUGCUCAGCGUCUCUGCCUCAUCGUGUUGUCCAGGCCAGACCAGAGGUUCCCAAACUUUUUUUUGUGUUUUUUCCAACAUCCUCAAAUACUUAAACUGACUUCUUCCCUCGUUUAGUAAAACUGUCCCGAGGAGAGAAGUUGUAAAACUCUCUGAACUGUAGAUGAGCGGAGAGACCGGACCUCCUUAUAAAAAAAAUCAGUAUGUAACCUCUGAGGAGUGGCACAGCAGUGACAUUUAAGUAUUCCUCUCUUUGCUGGGGAGCCCCUUCAGGACCUCUGAAGCCCCCAGGACCCCACUGUGGGAACCAGCGGCCUAAACAGACUGAAAAUGUCACCUUAUGUUGGUUUUUAUUUUACAUGCGCCUUCCUACCUCUGCAGUGAUUGGAAAUAGGCAUAUUCCAUUGACUUUUCAAAUAACUGUCUCUGUUACAGGUUGUGUUUUUUUUUUUCUUGCUGUGUUUGUAAAGGUAAGAUAUUUCAGCACUUUUGAGCAUAUACAUGACAUUAUUUCAAUGUAAAACACAUUAUAGUGUGGGCAUGUACAGUGUCAGACUGAAAACAGGCGGUUUGUUGUGUUGUUGGCCUGAAAGUGAUCGUGUGGCCAAAACAGAGCAACUCCUAUUGAAAUGUACAUGUGUUCUUUGUGUUAAAUGACUGUUUAGACCGAAAAACAUUAAAACAUAUCAGGCAUUACUAUCA